CAGAAGCAGGAGAAGGAGUAAAGGCAGAGAAAGAGGGUAAAAGAGAGAGGUAACGGGAGAGCAGAGGAGAAUCUGAGAAAGAAGACUGGAGGUUGAAGGUGGGAGGGAAUGGUGAAGUCAAAGGGAGAGGGUGAGCCGGUCAAAGACUCGGGCUCAGCGAUAAAUAGAUUCCUCGUGUAAGAGUGAGAGGAGGAGGCCAGGGGCGAGAGAGAGACUGCCUUGAUCACCCGGCCUUUCUCUUUCUUCGUCUUCGCGGGAUUCCGGAUCAGGUUGGAGGUUUUCUCUCUUUUCCUCCGUUGUCCUUCCAAACGCGGGAUUCCGCGGUAAUCGGAUCUCUGGGAUCGAAGAUUAAGGAAAAGGAGGAACUUUUCUCUUUCUUUUUCUGCUAUAAACGAGGGAAAUCCGUGAGUAUUUCCUCUGGAAAACAGUUAUUAGUCUCGGCUCUAUCUUUUGUCGGCGUUGCAUGUGUGACCUCAGAUUAAAAGUAAAGGUGGAGAGUGCAAGACGAAUGUUGGUCUCUUCCCAGUGAAACCUCCCUUCAAGAAGUGGCGGGAUUAGAAGUCCGCAAAUGAAUUAUUUUUCAUAGCUCAGAUCUCUUUCUCAACACUGUUGGCUUCCUGAUAAGAGUAGUUGAAGCUCUAUUUAUGAGGGUCCGGAUGUUGGUUGUUUCAUGAGGUCCAUAAGAAGAAUUGGCCUUCAAUAAAUGGUCAGGCUGUUUGCUUAUAAGGGGAAGCCGGUUCAUUCUCUUCGCUGAUAACAUCCGAACCCUGAUCUCCCUACAGCCCAUCUCAAUCACAGCAUCUAAUAGAUUCUCGCAUUUCAAAUUUGGUUUCUCUUCAAAGAGGUACUCCGUAGAUCGAAGGCAGUGGGUGUGACGGCCCUCUUUCCUUUGCCCAUGGCUUGUUUAUUUGGAGGGCAAGUUCUCUUCUUGCCGUUACGACAAUUAUAAACUUGAGCCAGUGAAGAUAGGACUCUGUUGAAAAGAAGCUUUUGACGUGGCGUUUGGGCUAGCCUUGAAGAAUCCAACCGCCUUCUUUGGUGAGAAGGAAGCUCCUUGUUUUCUUCGUUUUGCGUCUUUGUUAUUAAUAAAAGGGAGAACGAAAACCUGGAGCAUUAAUGGUUCAAUUCCUUUGAGCAAAUACAAACGCGUGAAGAUCCCCUUGAAGGAAUAGGUUGGGGAUUUUAUAGCUUGGUUCCAACGGAUUCGCCUUCUGAACGCCGGGGUUUUAACUGUGUGGUUGGUCUGGAUUGCAUACUAGACAUAAUCAGGGCCCUCAGGAUGGGGUCCUGUUUAUCUGCGGAGGGGAGCAGUCCUCGUUCCCCAUAUUCACCAACUGCUUCCAGUUCAAAGAGUAGGAAAAGAGGUGUGAAGAAGAAGAAUGGGACGAAGAACCCUGCCUUUGAUUCCAAGAGAGAGGACCAGCUGCGGAAGAUACCCGGGAGGAUGUUUCUGAAUGGGGCAAGCAAGGUCGCUUCCUUGUUCACUCAGCAGGGCAAGAAGGGAAUAAACCAAGACGCAAUGAUUGUUUGGGAGAAUUUUGGUUCAAGAACGGAUACUAUUUUCUGUGGGGUUUUUGAUGGUCAUGGUCCUUUUGGUGAUCUUGUUGCCAGAAGAGUGAGGGACGUCCUUCCACUCAAGCUGAGUGCACAUUGGGACUUCAAUAGUGACAAUUAUGAUGGUCUGCCUGACAUCAGCGCAGCAGGUAGCAUAACACCUGAGGAAGGCUCGUCAACAUGCACAGAUGAGGAACCAAGGUCAUCCAUGGAGCUGGAUGAGAAGGAAAAGCAGCCAGAAAACUUUUUGUUGCUUAAAGACUCAUUCCUUAAGGCCUUCAAGGUGAUGGAUAAGGAGUUGAAACUGCAUCAUCAUAUGGACUGUUUCUGCAGUGGAACAACAGCAGUCACGUUGGUCAAGCAGGGUCAAGAUCUUGUAAUUGCUAAUAUUGGUGAUUCUAGAGCCAUACUCGGCACAAGGGACCAACAUAACAAUCUAAUUGCUGUCCAGUUGACUGUAGACCUCAAACCGAAUCUGCCAAGUGGGUCUCUCUCUCUCUCUCUCUUCCUCCUUUCUCUCUCCACACUCACACCUACUAACCCCACAAACACACACCUCCCCCUCCAAAUGAAAAAGGUUCUGAUGAGCUUGCCAUUUGCAGAAGAAGCAGAGAGGAUCCGCCGAUGCAAAGGUCGGGUGUUUGCGCUGCGUGAUGAGCCAGAAGUGGCACGUGUAUGGCUUCCCCACAACGAUUCUCCUGGUUUAGCAAUGGCAAGAGCAUUUGGUGACUUCUGUUUGAAGGAGUUUGGUUUGAUUUCAGUCCCUGAAGUAUCUUACCGCCUCCUCUCUCAAAGAGAUGAGUUUGUUGUGCUAGCCACUGAUGGGGUGUGGGAUGUCCUUUCCAACAAAGAAGUGGUGGACAUAGUGGCUUCAGCACCAUCUCGUUCAUCAGCUGCAAGAUCCCUGGUUGAGUCUGCAGUCCGUGCAUGGAGGCUCAAAUAUCCAACAUCCAAGGUAGACGAUUGUGCUGUUGUCUGUCUGUUCCUUAACCCUAUUUCAAAAGGUGAAGAUGAUAGAAAACGAAAACAGCCAGCUGUCGUAUCUUCUGCCGAUGAUAAUGAUUUGACAUUGAGCCCAACGUUUGGAAGAUCUGUCACUGUUUGUGCUGAAUCUGGCAAACCAGGUUCUCCUGCACACAUUGUUAAGGGCAGAAAAGCUUCUCUAGCAAGGCAGGACCUGGACAAUCCAGCAACAACCCCUUCUCAGAAAGGCCAGAAUCAUGAGGAGGAUCUUUCACAGGAAACUGACGAAUGGUCAGCACUAGAGGGGGUCACCAGGGUGAACACUUUGUUGACGCUGCCAAGAUUUGUUCCAGGAGAAAAGUAAGGAGAGAAAUGCAAGCUGAUGAUGGCAGGUGACCCUGAUAUGAAAAUGGAACCAGAAUGUGGUAAAUUUUGCCUGGAUAAAGAAAAAAUCCGAUUGAAUUCAUUUCUUUCUUUUUCCUUUUUUCACUUUGUUUAUAUGUAAGAUUUUGUAUGCGGCCUAUAGGUCUGUAGUUCAUCACUUCAUCGAGGUUUCUGACCUGCCUUCCUUGCCCUGUUUUAUCAUAGUGGAGAAAAGGCAGGUUCUCAAUUUGGAAGAAUAUGUAAAGGAUCUUAUAAUUGUUUCAGUUCAUAUAUGUUUAUUUUUUCCUUGUGAAUGAA